GCCUGAAACAGCCUUAGAAUAUCAAACCCUACAAACAUUUUCCCUUUAAAACCUUACAUCAAAGUUCAAAGUUCAAACCCUAAAAACGAUAGCCGGCGCAGGAGAGAGAAAAAGCUAACGAUCCAACGGUAGCAGCUUAAUAUCAACAACAGCUAUGGGAAAGGUUCACGGAUCUUUGGCGCGUGCCGGUAAGGUGAGAGGUCAAACCCCAAAGGUUGCAUCACAAGAUAAGAAGAAGAAGCCCCGUGGACGCGCUCACAAGCGUCUGCAGUAUAAUCGCCGUUUCGUUACCGCCGUUGUUGGAUUCGGCAAGAAGAGAGGUCCAAACUCAUCCGAGAAGUAGAAGUUUAAAUAGAAGAAUGUGAAGUCAUGCAGCAACCUCCUAGCAACACUUCAAUUCGUUUUUCGUUUUUAUAUUAGUCUCUAGUGAUGUAAUUGGUGUAUUCUUAAAUGACUUGUUUUGCUAUUGAGCCUUAAAUUAAACUAUGUAGUUUCGAACCUUCUUUUCCUCUUAUAGAAACUUUUUUGGUAAUCUGAUAAUUACACUA